AUGCCAGUUCCAAGCCGUUCUCGUGUUUAUCCUGAUAUAAAUAUAAAUAAGCCGCGUGAAUACUGGGAUUAUGAAUGCCAUCAAAUUGAAUGGGGGAAUAUUGAUGAUUAUCAAUUAGUUCGUAAGCUUGGACGUGGUAAAUAUUCCGAGGUUUUUGAAGGAAUUAAGGUGCCAACUGAAGAGAAAGUCGUCAUCAAAAUUCUUAAGCCUGUGAAAAAGAAGAAAAUUAAACGUGAAAUUAAGAUUUUGGAAAAUCUUAGAGGCGGUGUCAAUGUUAUAUCACUUUUGGAUGUGGUCAAAGAUCCAGUUUCAAGAACACCUUCGCUCGUUUUUGAAUACAUCAAUAACACUGAUUUUAAGCAAUUGUAUCAGACGCUUUCUGACUACGAAAUUAGAUAUUAUCUUUUUGAGUUAUUGAAGGCAUUAGACUAUUGUCAUUCUAUGGGAAUCAUGCACAGAGAUGUUAAGCCGCACAAUGUGAUGAUUGACCAUGAAAAACGUCAGCUUUCGCUCAUAGACUGGGGCCUUGCUGAGUUUUAUCAUCCCCGACAGGAAUAUAAUGUUCGGGUACUUCAAAGGGCCAGAGCUUCUAGUCGAUUAUCAGUGUUAUGAUUAUUCUU